AUGUUCGACUUCGCAAAAUCCACCUCCACUUCUCACCCUCUCGACCAUGUCAAGCUCACGGAUGACAGAAGCGCCAUGACAGAGAAGAGGCAGCGCUGUGAGGGCAUUCUGUCGCUUAUGACCUACCUGAUCGAUGCAUUCGCGUUGGCAUAUCUAUUGCCGAUCGAGUCAGUUCUCAAGGAACGUUUUGAAGACAGUUUUCUCAGGAGCGUCUGGUAUGUCUUGUGCGGCAUUGGAUACUCCACUGCCAUGCAAUUUACCAUCGCCGCUCAGGUCUUCCUCGAGAUUCACCACCUCAUGCGCAUGGAUGUGCGGUACGCCAGGAAUCAGGCCACCCUGCGCUUUGCGCGGCUUGACGAAGAUGCGAAAGCCUUCUCGAUAGCCCAUCGAUCCUUUGGAUAUGGCUACCUCCAGGAGGAAGACUACCAGUACAUCAAUCAUCUUCACAAAAAGGCUGCCAUAUUAUUCUCGGAUCAUUAUAAUCAGGUGCAUGUAGGAUUUGCAGCUGAAGAGAGUCGCCCAUACGAUGCCGACUGGAACUACUUCGGCAGCAAGCGCGAACUGGCCGCACCCCUUUCUCAAAUCACAGGAAUCUCCAUGUCUUACCUCAGUGGUGCACUACACUUUCGCGACGCCUGCAUCGCAACCAAGAUGAGUUGGAUGGCGGGCCGAGAGACUACGCGCGAGGAGGACAUGGCGUACAGCAUGGCGGGCAUCUUCAACGUGAACAUGGAUGCCCAGUACGGCGAAGGUCGCAAAGCGUUCAUGCGACUCCAACACGCCCUUAUCGCCAAGAACGACGAGUCACUCUUCGCGUGGAAGAUGCCGGCAGGCGUGGCAGACGAACAAGAGUACCGAUCACCGAUCCCGACAGUCGAGUUGGGCCCGUAUGAAUGGGGCCUUCUUGCUGCCUCGCCCUCCUGGUUCGCCGGCUGCGGCGCCAUGAACACCCACAGCAGUCGCGGCGUUGUGCGCCACCGCGGCGGAUUCACCUUGACGCCGCAGGGAAUCAGCGGACCCAUCGGCAGGCGAGAACACUACACCGCGGCGAUUCUCUCGGGACUCACCGUCGUCGGCAUGAUCCCCUACCACAUGUGGCUCAAGAAGCGGGAGAAAACGACGCUCCGAUACGCCCUCAACUGCUGGGACGAAAGCGCACCAGGCACAGCCAAGGCGGUGCAAGUGCUGCUACGGCCAGUAUCGCGCAACCCGGCCGUCUUCGUACGGACCGAAUGUCAGACGUAUGAGCUGGUUGACAGCGUGAAGAACACAAGCUAUUCCAUGGUCGGGACUGUCAUGCAACCGGAGCUAUACUAG